AUGGGCGAUCGAGACGUCCUCGAACUCUCCGAGAGCUCGCUCGCGACCUCGCGCGCGCGUCCGGCGCUCGCGUCGGCGUCGACGCGAUCGAGGAGCUCGCCGGGAGACCACGGACGUGGGCUCGGGCGCAGACCGGCGCGCGCGUCUCAAGGGAGUCAAACGAGCGCGGCGACGACGGCGGCGACGCGAUUGACGACGCUCACGAUCGGGGAGCGAGAACAGCGCGAAAUCGAUGGGUCGUGUGGAGAUUCGUUGCGCCGCAUGGGGUGGGCGAAGCGCAGGGACGCGGAGGACGGGGAGACGCUGGAGACGGGGACGGACGGACGAAGCGUGACCAGACGGGCGAGCGGGAUUUUGAGAGCGACGUACGCGUGCGAAGAGGAAGUCUUGGAUGUGUGCUGGUGUGAGUUCGGUCGAGGUGGGGUGGAGAGGACGUCGACUUUGGGAGGCGGCGGCGACGACGCGAGCGACGGUUGGUACGCGUGCGCGUUGCACAGGGACUCGUUCACGGUGUUUGGGAUCUCUGGAGAGACGCGACGAAUGCCGCUCGGGUUUGAAGCGGCGUCGUUCGCGGCGACGUGCGCUGGAUUGUUGUUCGUGUCCCUUGAUGGUGUCGUGUCGAUCGCCGCGCACGCGUUGGCCGAACCGACGGCGAUUGACGGAUUGGACGAUGCUACGAAUCCCGUUCGCGUUGCGUGGAGCGACGCGAGGCGCUCGUUGGUGUUGUUUUUCGUCCCUACUCGUGGCGCACACGAGUUAUGGAGACUUUCACUAGUGUCCGGCGGAUCGGAGACAGAGUUCAGUGAAUCCGUUCCCGAGUUUCGCAUCUGCGCUGACAUUUGCUGGAGCGAGCGCAUCAGGGAAGAUUUCGUGCCUGAGGCGACGAGUUACGGGUUCGCGCACGAUGAAGAUGGGAGAGAGAUGGUCUUAGUUUCUGAAGACUCGGCGCGGCGCGUGACCGGUCUGUACGUGAGUUCGACACGUGAGGGAGUGAGAGCGAGCGCACCGAUUGAAGGCGUCUUCUCGGCGGUGGGGGUUUCCGCGACGCGAAAAUCCAACGGUAUGCUGGAUACUCUCGUCGCGUCUUCCGAUGGUACCUUAGAACUUUACGUCGGACAGAGCAUUUUGUGCAAGAUACGCGUCUCGGAUUCGAUCGGCAACGAGACAUUGUGUGACAUCGAUCGCGUCUCCGACUUCUUACACGGAGUCGCGACAGUUCGGCUUCAUGGACAAGUUUCUGGCACGCUACGCGUGCGCGUCCCGGGAGCGCUCGCAUCCCCUCACGCUCGUGCUUUAUUCGCCGUGUUGCACGAGGUCUGUCGAACGGGUGAACUGAUAGAAAUAAUUCAACGCUUGUACGCGAAUGACUGCGUGGGCGUUGACGACGCCGAGAACGAGUGGCUGUGCGUCGUUCGCACACUUAACGAAUGGUGUGGUAUCGGCUCGAACGUUAAUACGAACGAGUUAAGCGAUUGGGAUUUUGUGCAGCGCGCUCUUGGCAACUCUGGCUCGAGUAACCAUGAAUCGGAGACAUCGUCGAGAGUGGGCAUACACACUGCUCGCACCGAGCUUGUCUUAGCUACUGUUCACACCGUUUACGAAGCUUCAAAGGUCGACACGAUUCAUCGAUCGAUGCUAGGUUCUUUGCGUUAUUUUGCCAUAGCGCUGGCUACCGCGAUCGACGAUUGGGACUACAUAGAUUACUACUCACGCGAUGUCGGGAAGUCUAUUCAGCCGAUUCGGGCAGAAGCAAAGAAACGCGUGCCAGAUAUACUUCGAGCCAUCGAAGGAAUAUUUUCUGGGGAGGCUGACUUUCAUGCUCUCGUCCCGCCAUUGAUUCUCGAUGGUCUUCAGGAGGGUUCGGUGGUCGACAUGAACACAUACGGCGGUGAUGUCGUUGUCCGUGCCAGACGAAUCUUGAAACUGUGCCACACAUCGACGAUUGACUUGGCCAGCUUCUCGAGCACAGGAGGGACGUUUGCGCACACAAUGACCGCCAUGGGCUUGACGGUCGAAGACGUAGAGCGACUCCCGCCGGGUUUGGCGCAGCCAUUUCAUGGAAUGUUGCGUUGCUGUCGAGAUAUACCAACGAACGGUUUGUCUGAGGAGGCGUAUUCGCUCAUUGGUCGACAUGAUUUGGCGUUGAUGUAUGGAGACGUUGAUCUCAUUCGAGACGCGAAGCAACGGCAGGCACAACUGGCAACGGCAAAGACUCAAACUGAUGGAUCUGGCGUGCAUGACGGUUUGGAGCACCUUGAAGAAUUCGUCGGUCCGCUUCGAUUUCCGAGGGACUACCGAAUUCGCGAACUUCGGGCAAUAUUGAACACGGCUUCCCCAGCACCCAUCGAACUGAGUGAGAGUGAGGGUGCCGGUGGAGACGCAGAACAAGGAUCGCAACAACAGUCAAAACUUUGGGUACUGGCCACGCGCACCGCCGCUCUGCCCGUCGGUAGAGGAGCCGCCACUUUGGGCACUGUCGUCGCAAAACCAACAGAGGCUCUCCAAACGCCAGUACUCUGCUUUGCGGGCUGUCUACCGACACAACAGAAUGCGGUGGUCAAUCUAGAUCUCACGGUGGCCGAUGCGCCGAAAAACUUCACAAAUUGGCCAGAAUUUCACAAUGGCGCGGCGUCGGGUCUGGCUCUUCGAUCCGACGACGACGAUGGGAAGUUGAACAGAGCGUGGAUCGUAUUCAACCGACCGAAGGUGCCGACGUACUCCCACGCAGGCGUCCUCAUGGCGCUUGGUCUAAAUGGACAUCUCUCUGGCCUGACUGCGACCGAUUUGUAUAGGUAUUUAGCUCAGGAACACGAGGCCACUACGGUGGGUACGCUUUUGGGCGUCGCCGCAUCCAAACUAGGCACGGGAGACCCCGCUACGAGCAGGAUGUGCUUCUUGCAUAUUCCGACGAGACACCCUCUGUCUUUCCCAGAGAUUGAGCUUCCAUCUUUGGUUCAAUCAUGUGCACUAAUGUCCGUUGGAUUGUUGUAUCAAGGCACGGCACAACGACUGAUCGUCGAAACGCUACUCAGCGAGAUCGGCAAGUCUCCCGAAGGCGACGCCAUUAACGGUCGCGAGUGCUACGCGCUGUCCGCGGGCAUUGCUCUCGGCCUUGUCACGCUGGGGAAGGGAAGCUCGACGAGCGGAUUGUCUGAUUUGCUCAUCGUCGAGCGUCUUCGGCACUUCACUAUUGGUGGCAUUGCUAGGUAUGUGCCUCCUCCUGGUGGCAUGCCCGCCUCGUCAGCUGUGAUCAAGUCAACGUCAGCAAACACUUCGUGGAACGAUAAUUACAAUCCUGAAGAUGGAACCUUUUGCGCACCUGAGGGACCGCCAGUGUCGGUCGAUGGGUACAUACUUGAAGGAUCCAUGGUCAAUGUUGAUCUCUCGGCACCCGGAGCCAUCAUGGCGCUCACUUUAAUGUACUUGAAGACGAACGAUGCGUCGGUAUCCACUCACCUAGAAAUUCCGUCAACGCACUACGCUCUGGACGAUGCCUGUCCAGAUUACGUCAUGUUACGCGUGGUGGCGAAGAGUCUCAUUAUGUGGGAUACCAUUCGCGCGGAUGCAGACUGGAUAGAAAGUUUGUUACCGCCCUUGCUUCGCGAUGCGAUGGACCCGAAAUCACCCGAGGAACAGGAGAAUCAGAAUGAUUCGUCGUGGCUAGGGAAGGCAGAUCGAGAGGCCAUCGCACAGACGUACGUUAACGCCCUCGCUGGUGGGUGCAUGGCCAUAGGCUUGCGUUAUGCCGGAUCCGGUAAUGCGAUCGCCGCUGCAACGCUUCGCAAGUACGCUCUCAAAUUUUUGGUGUGGAAGAAGAACGCGGGCUUGGACGCGAGGGAGCCGCUGGUGAACAAGUCAACGCUCGAGACAUGUAUCGGCGUAAUCGCCAUGUCUCUCGCCUGCGUCAUGGCUGGUACCGGUGAUUUGCCGACGCUUCGUCUCUUGCGCCAUCUUCGAUCACGCCUGGAGACGAGCGCCAUUUCGAAUACAGGACUCACAUAUGGAGCUCACAUGGCGAUCGCUAUGGCGAAUGGAUUUUUAUUCCUUGGUGGCUGCGCGCAAACGUUUUCGACGGAUAAUGCCUCCGUCGCUGCUCUUUUGAUCGCGAUGUUCCCGCGAUUCCCUGCUCAUCCAAACGAUAACAGGUGGUACUGUCAAGCGUACAGACAUUUGUACGUGCUCGCCGCAAAGGAACGACUUCUGAACACGAUCGAUGCGUCAACGCUCGAGCCGGUGUCCACUCCCCUGGAGAUUACUACGUCCACACCGCGAGACGGUGUAGUACGUUCUCAACUCAUUACACCGUGCUUACUACCGGAUCCGGACGAACUCAUUCGCAUCAAGGUUAUAUCUCCAAGAUAUUGGACGACGGACUUGGACUUUGAACGACAACCUGGGACGAAGAGGGCGCUGUAUGAGCUUCGCAACAUUCCCAUUCAGAGGCACACGUCUGCACUCUCGUACGAAGUCGAUAGAACUGGGGCGAAGGCACAGCUAGGUACCGCUCUUCACGCCGCGGGUGCGCGAGCCGCGCUCAAGCCACCAGCAGUGGAGGCGACGCGCGAUCACAACACGGCACCUGUCGCCAAUGCGACGGCAGUGAGAGCCGGCAAGGAUGCGGUGGACGUCUUCACGAGCGAUACGAUGCUGCUCUCAUUCGAACAAAGCAUGUGUACCGGCUUGAACGAUCGUGCCGGGUUCUCCGCGGCCGCUCUGCGUGAGUGCAUGGAGAGAGAAGUCCCUGAGGCACUUCGAUGCUACGUGGACAUGUACGCAGCGUGCGAAAAUCUCAUUCACUCAACGAAUAAGUCUGAUGAUGAAAUGAGUGCUGCUUCGAUGGCUGUGAGCGAUUUAAGACUGAUGGACGCGUUCCAUAAGCUGCUCAAGAAAUCGGAUGGCAUCGAUAAUGGCUUCCCGAUGCCUUUCCUGCUGACGUCUUCAUUCAAGCAGAGCAUCCUCUUCUUCCUCGAUGAGAUGUACGGCACCACCGAUGGAUUGCUCGCCACGUACCUGAGAGGCGGCGGUUACGACGCUUCGUCUGACACGUACGGGAACUUUGGGUGCUAUCUUCGCCUUCUGGACAUCCCAAAUCCGGCGUUAUUGAAAUCCACGAUCGAGACAGCUCUCGCUCGAACUGGGGCGACGGAACUCACCGUUCCGAUGUUCUGCAAGUUGUUGCCUCAAAAUGUCGACCCGACAACCGUCUUGCGCAUCAUCGACACGUGCCUUUAG